CCGGCAAGAACAGCUCCCGCCGGCCAGUCAAGAGCGGCGCAAUGCCUCCUUCCCUGCACCCUCCCCACCCCCACUCCCACAAGCUCAAGCGGCGCAGCCACCCGGCCGCCAUGGCCAAGAAGGGCCUGGUCGCCAUCCUCUACAAGUUCCGCGACGUGCACCGCCCGCCGUCGUCGCCGCCCUCACCCUCGCCGUCGCCGUCGACCCCGUCCGCGCACUACGCCCAGCGCUGCUACCCGCCACCGCCGUCCGCGUGGCCGUGGCCGUCGUGCCGGCACCCGCGCACCAGCUCGUUCCGCGGGCCCAAGGACGCCGCCGCCGCCGCCGCCAUGUUCCGGACCGCCAACACCGUCUACGACACGGCCUCGGAGCAGUUCCUCCGGCGCUCGUCCAUAGACGAGGCGGCGUGCAUCGACCAGAGCCCCCUGGCGUUGCCCGAGGAGGCCGCCGCGGCGGAGCAGGUGGAAGAGGAGGAGAAGGAGAUGCAGCUGCGCGAGACGGCCGUCGUGCGCGGCGUGCGGUCGGAGCGGCUGUUCUUCGAGCCGGCCGGCGCGGAGUUCUUGCCCAAGCAGGAGGCGGCGCCGGCGAGAGGCAAGAACGAGGCGGCCGCCGUGGUGCGCGUCAAGGACGAGGAGUCAGCGACCGCAGCGGCACCCGACAAGAACGAGUCGGCGGCGGAGGUGAAGGGCGUCGCGGUGGUGGUGACGGUGGAGUCGAAGGAUCCCUACCGCGACUUCCGGGCGUCGAUGGCGGAGAUGGUGGCGGCGCACGGGCUGCGGGACUGGGAGGCCCUGGAGGAGCUCCUGGCGUGGUACCUCAAGCUGAACGCCAAGGGCGUCCACGCCGCCAUCGUCGGCGCGUUCAUCGACCUUCUCGUGAGCAUGCAGCCGCAGGCGGCGGCGUCCCCGAUGCCGAGCCCGCCGUCGCUGCCGUCGCCGUCGCCCUCGUCGUCGUGCAUCACGUUCGAGGAGUACUCGUCGGCGACCUUUGACGAGGAAGAAGGCAAGAGCUGAGCUGAGGCUGAGGAGUUCAGUUUUUUUUUUUUUUAAAAAAAAAAAAGUUCUGGUCUCGUUCAGAGAUGGCAGUUUUUGUGAAAUAUUCUGUGUGCCUGUGGAGGAAUGGAAGGUGAGGCCUGAAUGUAGCCAUGGAUGUAUGUACAGUUGCUAAAACUAGUUGAUGCUGACCAUCAGAGUAGAUUAAUGCCUAAACAACUACUAAUCGAUAGUUUUUUAUUUUGCAUUUUUAUUUGUCCUUUUGAUGCCUGCCCCGUGUGUUGGACUAGACUAACUCUGAAGCAUGUUCCCUCUA